GCAUGGCCGCCCCGCGACCCCUCUCGCUGCUGCUCGGCCUGGCCCUGGUGACCCUGUGCCAAGGUGGCUGCGUGGAGGUGGAAGCAGACACGGAGGCCGUAGUUGGCAAUACUUUCAAGAUCCGUUGCAUCUCGUGCAAAAAGCGCAGCGAAACAGAGGCCGAAGCUUUUACUGAAUGGUACUUCAAAGAAGAAGGGACAACCGACCUGGUCAAGAUUCUUCACUAUGAUCUCUAUGAAAAGCUCGUUGUGUAUGAUCCUCGCUUUGAAGAUCUAGUGGUGUGGAAUGGUACCAAGAAAAUUGCAGAUUUGCAGGAUGUCUCCAUUUUCAUCCUGAACGUGACUUUCGAACACGCAGGGGAAUACAUCUGCAGUGUCAACCGCACACUCCAUUUUGCCAAUGAGUUCUCCUACAACAUCAUGAUCAACAAAACUAUCCACCUUGAUGUGGUUGAAAAAGCCAAUCGGGAUAUGGCAUCUAUUGUCUCCGAAAUCAUGAUGUAUGUCCUCAUUGUUGUCCUGACCAUCUGGCUGGUAGCUGAGAUGAUCUAUUGCUACAAGAAAAUUGCUGCAGCAACAGAAGCAGCUGCUCAAGAAAAUGCUUCUGAAUACUUGGCCAUCACGUCGGAAAGUAAAGAAAACUGCACAGGGGUGCAGGUAGCUGAAUAGCCCAGGCCAAGGCCGUUGGCGGGCACUGGGAUUCCUGGUUUUUAUAAGGGAUGAGGCUUUGACAAGGAGUGGAGAAGAGGCAAAGUGACUCAGCAGAGCCAUCAGCAGCAGCCCAGAGAAGAAGUGAGCUGGAGCCAAGCAGCCCCUCCCCCC